CAAUCCCCUCGCUUGAUCAUUACCCCCAAUACCGAGAGAGCGAGAGCGAGAGCGAGAGAGAGAGCUCAUCCCCCUCCAUUUCUCUAUCUCUCCUGCGCGACGAUGGAGAGCUACGGCGCGGAUCGACGGGAAGGGGAGGGGGAGGGGGAGGAGGAGAUGGUGGCGCCGGAGGGGAGCGAGAUGCGGCGGCGGAGCGCGGCGGCGGCGGCGGCGAAGGAGGUGGAGACGCGGGAGGGAAACGGGGAGGCGGCGGCGUCGACGAUGAUGUCGAUGUCGGUGGAGAGGGUGUUCGAGGGGAAGCGCGUGCCCGGGUGGCGGGAGCAGCUCACGCUCCGCGCCUUCGUCGUCAGCUUCGUUCUCGCCGCGAUGUUCAGUGUCAUCGUCAUGAAGCUCAACCUCACCACAGGUAUCAUCCCCUCCCUGAACGUCUCGGCGGGACUCCUGGGGUUCUUCUUCGUGAAGACGUGGACCGCCGCGCUCGACAGGGUCGGGCUGCUCAAGAAGCCCUUCACCCGCCAGGAGAACACCGUCAUCCAGACCUGCGUCGUCGCCGCCUACGACAUCGCAUUCAGCGGAGGAUUCGGUAACUACCUAUUAGGAAUGAGUGAGAGGAUUGCGAGCCAAACAACAGAAGCGAAUGAUCCGCAGAAUGUGAAGGACCCACAGCUGGGGUGGAUGAUCGGGUUCCUUUUUGUUGUCAGCUUCCUCGGUCUCUUCGUCCUCGUGCCCCUAAGAAAGAUUAUGAUCAUCGACUACAAGCUGAUCUACCCGAGUGGCACUGCAACUGCUCACCUGAUCAACGGUUUCCACACUCCCCAAGGCGCCAAAUUAGCUAUGAAGCAAGUGACUACACUGGCCAAAUUCUUCUUAAUAAGCUUUGCAUGGGGGUUUUUCCAGUGGUUCUACACUGCCACAGAUAGCUGUGGAUUCCAAGCAUUCCCUACUUUGGGGCUCAAAGCUUAUGCAAACAAAUUCUAUUUCGAUUUCUCUACUAUCUACGUUGGAGUGGGAAUGAUAUGCCCCUACAUUGUAAACGUAUCCCUUCUCUUAGGAGGCAUCAUCUCUUGGGGAAUAAUGUGGCCUCUCAUUAACAACAAAAAGGGUGAAUGGUUCUCAGCUGAUCUCUCCCCCACAAGUCUCCAUGGAUUACAAGGUUACAAGGUGUUCAUAUCAAUUGCCUUGAUACUGGGCGAUGGCCUCUACAACUUUGUGAAGUACACCGUCACCUCUCUCAUCGCCGCCGUGCGGAAGGACCGCACAAGCAUGCUCCCGGUCUCUGACGAUGAGGCCCUGAUCACCGCUGAUAGGCCUUUGUCGUUCGACGACGAGCGCCGCACCGAGCUGUUCCUCAAGGACCAGAUCCCACAGCCGGUCGCAUACGGCGGUUACGUCCUCAUUGCCGUCGUCUCGAUCGUGACGCUCCCGCACAUCUUCCCCCAGCUCAAGUGGUACUACAUCCUCGUCGCCUACAUUGUCGCCCCCGUCCUUGCCUUCUGCAACGCCUACGGCUGCGGCCUCACCGACUGGUCCCUCGUGUCGGCGUACGGCAAGCUCGCCAUCUUCACCAUCGGCAUGUGGGCGGGCGCAUCACACGGGGGCGUGCUCGUGGGCCUCUCGGCCUGCGGCGUCAUGAUGAGCAUUGUCUCCACAGCAUCCGAUCUCAUGCAGGACUUCAAGACCGGCUACAUGACCCUCGCAUCGCCGCGCUCCAUGUUCGUCAGCCAGGUGAUCGGCACCGCCAUGGGCUGCGUCAUCGCACCUUGCGUGUUCUGGCUCUUCUUCAAGGCCUUCAAGGACAUCGGGCUCAGUGGCAGCGAGUACCCUGCGCCGUACGCCAUUGUCUUCCGCAAUAUGGCCAUACUCGGCGUCGAUGGCUUCGGCUCGCUCCCGAAGCACUGCCUUACACUCUGCUUUGUGUUCUUCGCGGCCGCGAUCGUCAUCAACCUGAUACGAGACCUGGUGCCGCAGAAGGUGGCGCGGUUCAUACCACUGCCGAUGGCGAUGGCGAUACCGUUCUACAUCGGGUCGUACUUCGCGAUCGACAUGUGCGUGGGGAGCCUGAUACUGUUCGUGUGGGAGAUGGUGGACAAGGCAAAGGCGGACGCGUUCGGGCCGGCGGUGGCGUCGGGACUGAUCUGCGGCGACGGGCUGUGGACGCUGCCGCAGUCGGUGCUGGCGCUCGCGAAGGUGCAGCCGCCAAUCUGCAUGAAGUUCUUGUCCCGCCAGAUGAACGACAAAGUCGACGCUUACAUUACCACCAUAUCAUAAAACACUCAACUGGGGAUUAUGAACAAAAGAUGCCGUAGAAUUUGCAGUUUAUGAGGCUUGUAAUUAUUGUUUGCUUCACUUCUGUGGCAGGACUAAUUAAUGCAUGAACUGUAGAAAGUUGUAGGUAAAGAAGAGUUAUUACAAACUGUAAGUUACUAUUAAUAAAUUGCAAUCUCUUAUUAAACUUUCAGGGAAAAAAAAGUUCAUGUUUCAUGUUUCGGGAAGUGAGAAUGUGCGAUGUCCAAAGCUGUUGUCCCAGAAAAUAUAUAUAAUUAUAAUUCUAGUGA